AGGAGGUCAAAUGAGCCACUAGAAAAAGCGUCAUGAAUCAUUCCUUCUCCGAGCAUGAAUACGAGACACAGGAUACACAUAUCUUAACAGAAUCGUCGCCUGCCACACAACCAAAGAGAGAUUCGGGGUUCUGGGCAAACGCUAAGGCUAAGGGCAUGGGUCUCCUCUUGGUAUUCUUCCCUGAAGAAAGCCCCCCAGUUGCCGACAAAACUAAGUUAUUUUCCUCACCUUCUUCUUCGCCUCCUCCUGCUUCUUCUUCUGUCAAGAGACCCAAUUCCAUUCGCAUUUUUUCCACUGCUCAAUGCAUCAUUUCCAUCUGCGCUCUUCUCCUCUUCACCACUCUUGUUUUCUUCACUCUAUCUACCAUCGAACCUACGGCCCAUCGUCGAUUCUUGUCGGAGAAAUCUCCCAUUAUUCACAAUCCCACUGCAGAGCCCAAAGCCAGCGGUUGGUUCCCCAAAUUGGGAAAAUGUGCCUCCAACAGCGAGCAUCUUCCUUCGCCCGCUCUGCAACGGAUGGGUACUCUGUACAGGAGAGGAACCAGAGCCAUGAAAGAUCUCGUUGUGGGUCACGUGGCUGCCGACACCACCGACGAGGAGUUUCGCUUGUUUCUCAGAGUUUUGCAUAGGUCAGGCCUCACUGCCAGCGCCGACGUCGUUUUCAUGUUCGAUUCUGCUUCCUUGUCAUCGAGAUUCACCCCUAUUAUUCAGGAGGAGAACGACUCGUUCUUGUCACUCAUUCAACACUACACUCAAAUGAAUGUGACCCAUCCUCACAAGAACCGGAAAUCUCCCAAUUUCGAUGCUACCAGGUUUCUCAAGAUGGUCAAGAAGGGGACGGAAAUCGCGGAGCCAUUGUGGGGUGCGAGAACUAGAAGUAAUCUCACGAACCCGGAAACAGGGAAUGGCGGAUCAGAAGAGAUCGUCCCUCUGUUGAGUUACGGGUCGGUUCUCAGAUUUGACCCGGAGGAGCUCGAUCCGGAGAACUCGCUGGCCGGGUUCCUAAACGACGUCCCCCUGAGUUUGAGAAGAUGGGCGUGCUACCCGAUGUUGCUCGGUCGGGUCAAGCGGAGUUUCAAGCAUGUAAUGCUCGUAGACGUGAAGAAUAUGGUAGUGGUGAAAGACCCGCUGGGAAGAGUCAGGAACCGGAGCCCCGAGACCAUUUUGUUACAUAGACAUCCAGAGAGUAGUAGCUUUAGCAUGACGCAGAGUAGGAACAACUCGGAGAAAACUCAGGGAGGCGGACGAGUCAACCCGGCGAUCAUAAUGGGCGGAGGGAAAGGCAUCCGGCGAUUAUCGAACGCGAUGCUCACGCAAAUUGUUCGGUGGGCGAUGAAAAAACGCGCGAAUAACUCGGUGUCGGAGGCGGCGGUACUGAGUCAUCUGGUGGGGAACCGGUUCACGUUGAAGAACGUGAAUUUGAUAACGGCAAACGAGUCAAUAUCGGACACGAGAUCAGUGGCUGACCCUAACUCAGCUUCUUCCACGUCAUUGUGGGAUUACGUAAUAAUUCAACGCGGCCCACAUGAUCAGAGUCUUAAUUCUUUUAUUAAGAAGCACAUAUGCUCGUCUGAAGUAGAUUCUUCCCUAUAUAGAGAUUGUUAGCCCUCGACACGUAGAAACAAAAUAUAACGAUUCUUUUUAAGAUACUCUUAUAAUAUAAGUUGAGAUUUGUAUUAUGUGAUGUAGAUCUGGUUCACAGGCGUUGGGCUUGUGUCUUUGUGAUGUUACAGCCGCCGAAAAACUUGUGACAAAAUUCAGACAACU